AUGCGAAGGGCCAAAACUCUCACGACACUUAAGCCAAAGUGCAUUGCAAGUGCACUAGAUAUAGGUCUCUCCAACUGGAGUUUUGAGUUCAUUACCAUCUCUUUGUACACAAUGACCAAGUCGACUUCAGUAAUUUUUAUCCUUAUUUUUGCGAUCGUGUUCAAAUUAGAAAAGCUGAGUAUACCUAUCGUGGCUAUUGUCCUUUCAAUUUCAACAGGGCUUUUCAUGUUUACAUAUGAAUCCACUCAAUUUGAUCUCAAAGGCUUUACUCUUGUUCUCAUUGCAUCCGCUUUAAGCGGAAUUCGAUGGACUACAGCACAAAAAGUAACGCAGCAAUCAGAAUUCUGCUUUGUCGAUUUCCAUACUCUUUUCCUCUAUGUGUCACAUACUAUUUUAGGGCUGUCCAAUCCCAUCGAUGUUAUAUAUCAUACACAACCCUGGAUGGCUCUGGUUUUGCUACCUUUAGCCUUCAGUUUAGAGGGCGAUGAAUUUUUGACUUCGCCCUUUCUCUUCCGGUCUCACGACUACCUUGGUACCUGUCGAACCCUGGGAUACUUCGUUUUUGGGGCCUGCUUGGCCUUCGGUCUUGAAGUUGCCGAAUUUCUCGUUGUAUGCAAUUCCUCCAGCCUGACGCUUUCAAUUGCUGGUAUCUUUAAGGAAGUUGUCACACUCUACUUGGCAGCUGCCGUCAAUGGCGACCAGUACAGCCCUACGAAUAUUGCCGGAUUGGUGAUAUGCUUAGCCGGAAUCUGUCUCCAUGUCGCCAUAAGAUUUUUCAAACAUACGGCCAUCUUGCGACUCUUACUUUGUCAGAACAGGCAAAUGACACACCUGCCCAAGAAGCUGCGCCCCGGUCGACUCACCAGCCUUCCCAGUGAUUUUUUUGUUUUAGACAAAGUGUACUGCUAA